AUGGCUUGGAAAUGUUUAACUAGAUUUUUGGUGCAAUUUUUGCCCUUAUUUUGUUUAAUACAGCAUAGACAUUGUUUUUUUAAUAAAAUAUUGACACAGUUUGAUGAUAAUAAAUUUGAUCCUAAGGACCUGCUUUUUAAUUUGGGCAAGUCAGUGAUUGAGAAAAUGCUACACCACCCAGCAAAAAGUGUCAUAGAAGUAUUGGAAAGACCGAUGGGAAACUACCUCACUAGAGAGUUGUCUAACUCUGCCCAUCAGAUGAUUGCAGACACCAGCUCAGCACUCUUCCACAACAUCCAUGCAAAAAAAAUCCGUGGUUUGUCUGAUUGUUUUAUAAGAAAAUCACAUUAUACUAACAUUGGAUUUGUAGAUGCAAAAAACAAAACAAAAUCAAGUUUGCCAUCACAUGGGGUGCAAAGGUUCGGCACAUCUUUAAUGACACUGAGAGGCAGACUGAGCAUGCCAUCCUGGAAAGACGAAAACAACCAAAAAACCGAGGACAAAAAUUACAAGACUGAACAUGCAGUCCUUAAGUUAUUGACUAAUAAUGGGUAUUCUAAGAACCCAUUAUUUUCCAGCCUUGAUAAACUGCAAAAAGUCUUUCUUGACGACAUCUUUGCUGGAAGACCAUUGACAGACAAACUUCUAUACCACAAGUGGUCAAUGAGUGACGAGAAAGAGGAGCUAACAUUCAUUGGCAGGAUACAAAGAACGAAGAGAAAAAAAACAAAUUCAUCAUCAGCUACUGGGAGACAAAAAAAGUUGUUGGAAAUUGCUAAUUAUUUCAACAAGUGUUUGCCAUAUGCCACUCUAGGAUUUUUGGGUGCUAGAGAUAGAACUAAAAAUACUCUAGAAUAG